AUGCUUUAUCAACAAAAUAUCGUCAAAGAAGAAAAUAUUCCUUUGGAAAAUCAAGCACCAACUGAUCAGUCAAAUUUAAUAAUUAAUGAUUAUCGUAUUAAAUAUUUUUUUAUAAUUUUUUAUUAUAAAUAUAAAAGUGAUUCAUUAUUUGAAGAUUCAAGUCAGGCAAGCUGUUUCUAUACAUUAAUUGAAGAGUCAGACCAGGAAGGCUAUUCACCUGCUAAAUAUUCAAAUAAAAAAAGUCAAAAAUCAAUUAAAAGCCAAUCAC